CAGCCCGUCCAUUUCUCUCGCGUGCGGCGCUCACCCACCCGCGGCAUGAGCAGCGCCCCCGCACCGGGCCCAGCGCCCGCCAGCCUCACGCUCUGGGACGAGGAGGACUUCCAGGGCCGUCGCUGUCGGCUGCUGAGCGACUGUGCGAACGUCUGCGAGCGCGGAGGCUUGCGCAGGGUGCGCUCGGUCAAGGUGGAAAACGGCGUUUGGGUGGCCUUUGAGUACCCUGACUUCCAGGGACAGCAGUUCAUUCUGGAGAAGGGAGACUAUCCUCGCUGGAGCGCCUGGAGUGGCAGCAGCAGCCACAACAGCAACCAGCUGCUGUCCUUCAGGCCAGUGCUCUGCGCGAACCACAGUGACAGCCGUGUGACACUGUUUGAGGGGGACAAUUUCCAAGGUUGCAAGUUUGACCUCAUUGAUGACUACCCAUCCCUGCCCUCCAUGGGCUGGGCCAGCAAGGAUGUGGGUUCCCUCAAAGUCAGCUCCGGAGCGUGGGUGGCCUACCAGUACCCAGGCUACCGAGGCUACCAGUAUGUGUUGGAGCGAGACCGGCACAGCGGAGAGUUCCGUACCUACAGUGAGUUCGGCACACAGGCCCACACUGGGCAGCUUCAGUCCAUCCGGAGAGUCCAGCACUAGGAUCCAUGGCCCCAGACACCUUCCCUGAAGACCCUCAAUAAAGGUUCCUGAAUCUUCCUGCC